AUGUCGCAAAUCACAGACGAAUCUUUGCGCGAAGCCAUCAAGGCUCGCCUCGAAGCCACCCACGUUGAAGUCACAGACAUGUCUGGCGGCUGUGGUCAAGCGUUCAACUCCCUUAUUGUAUCUUCUCAAUUCCAGGGUCUCAACUCUCUCAAGCGCCACCGUCUCGUCAAUGCUGCUCUCAAGGAGGAAAUCGCCAUCAUCCACGCUUGGACCGCCAAGUGCCAGACACCCGAAGAGUACGCAAAGGCCAACGAAGCCACCGAUGCGCAAGCACAGGCGUAA